UGUCGCCAGUCGCCGCCAAAGAGAAUCGAAGUCCUCGUUUUCGCAGUCCCAUAGACCAUCGGAGAGAAUUAUCAAUUACGACAGCUACGCAAAAUCCUCAACACAGCACAGUCAACGAUCCCGACGGUGAACAGGAAACCCUUAAUUCUCGCUCGCCGCUAUGCAGCCGCAGCAAAACCCGCCGGAAACUGACCUCCCGCCUCUCGCCGCCAUCAAAGUCAAGUCCUCUCCCCCUCGCUUCACGCCUUCCACCCCCACCGCUGGCGCCACCCCCACCGCCGCCGCCCAGCGCCGGAUCGGAAUUGCCGUCGACCUCAGCGACGAGAGUGCAUUCGCCGUCAAAUGGGCGGUCCACCACUAUCUCCGCCCCGGGGACGCCGUGAUCCUCGUCCACGUCCGUCCUACCUCUGUCCUCUACGGCGCUGACUGGGGCUCCGUCGAUCUCUCCAUCGUCGACGACACUGACGAGGAGUCUCAGCAGAAGCUCGAGGACGAUUUUGAUACCUUCACCACCACCAAGGCCUCGGACGUCGCGCAGCCGCUAGUCGAGGCUCAGAUUCCGUUCAAGAUUCAUAUCGUGAAGGACCACGACAUGAAGGAGAGGCUGUGCUUGGAGGUCGAGAGGCUAGGGUUGAGUGCAGUGAUUAUGGGGAGCCGAGGGUUUGGUGCCACGAAGCGAGGGAACAACGGUCGCCUCGGCAGCGUGAGCGAUUACUGCGUCCGCCACUGCGUUUGUCCUGUGGUGGUCGUGAGAUAUCCUGAUGAGAAAGAUGGUGGAAAUGGUGGUGCUGAGCCUGUAGUUUCUGUGGCAUCUGCAGCGGAGGAUGAGGAGGAGCCCGAGUACCAUGAUGCGACGGAUGACCGGAAAGAUACUUAGCUCGAACUCAGGGCCAGUGCUGUACUGCCUUAAUUGCAG